AUGAUUCCUAGAAAACAAUUGUCUGGUUAUGAAAAAAGAAAAAAGAGAAAACGAUUAGAUUCUUUGGUCGAAUCACAAAAAGGAGCUAUUAAUAAAUUUUUCUCCAAAAGUUCAAGUUCUCAUGAAAAUAAUGAACAAUUAGAUGAAAAUACACCUACUAGCCAUGAAAAUUUACCUACUGAUAAUGAAAAUUUACCUAUUGAUGAUGAAAAUGUAUCCAUUGAUGUUGAAAAUGUAUCUAUCGAUAAUGAAAAUAAUGAUAGUAAAUAUGUGCCUAAUAUUGAUAUCUAUGACCCUAGAACAUGGGAAAAUAUUGAUAAUGAUUCAAGAGAUAUUUUAGUUGAGAAGGGGCUUGAAAGAGAAACAAAUCUUAACUUUCCUUUAGACAAAGAGGGUAGACAUUUUUCAUAUACACAUUUCAAUAGAAAAUUGAGUAAUGGAGAGAGUAGAGAUCGAAAAUGGUUAAUUUACUCUAAACAUAUUGAUAAGGUAUUUUGCUUUUGUUGUAAAUUGUUCAAAUCUAAUAACUAUAAAGCUUUGUUAGCAAAUGAUGGAUUACAAGAUUGGAGACAUAUAGGUGAACGACUAAAAGAGCAUGAAAAUAGCAUCGAACACAUAACUAACAUGAACUCUUGGAAUGAACUAAGAUUAAGGUUGGGAAAAGGUCAAACCAUAGAUAAUGACUUGCAAAAGGAAAUUAUGAAGGAAAAAGAACGAUGGCGAAGCAACGAAAAGAUUUAUCAAAAUAGUAAUGGUAAUUUUUUGGGAAUUAUUGAGAUGCUAGCAGAAUUUGAUAUAGUCAUGCAAGAUCAUGUUAGGCGUAUUCAAAAUCAUGAAAUUCAUCGUCAUUAUCUUAGUCACAAAAUACAAAAUGAAUUGAUUUCUAGCUUAGGUCAAAGUGUACUUGAUCUUAAUGUGGAUGAUAUUAGGGGACAAGGGUAUGACAAUGGUUCUAAUAUGAAAGGUAAACACCAAGGUGUUCAAAAACGAUUGUUGGAAGUAAAUCCAAGAGCAUUAUAUAUGCCAUGUGCUUGUCAUAGUCUCAAUCUUACUCUUAGUGAUAUGGCAUAUUCUUGUGUGAGUAAACUAUUACAACAUAAAACUAUGAGCAUUAACAAUACUAUCAAGCAAGUAAAAGAUAUGAUGUUGUAUUUUGAAAAUUAUAGAUAUGAUGGAUUUCAAAAGAAUAUUGAUCUAAAUGAUAUGUUCUCUGAAUUAAGAGUGCUGCAAAAGACUUUGCCAGAUGUGUCAAAGACAGCAGCCCAAAUUCUUGAAUUUGUUAAAUCUGCUGAUUGUUAUCCUAAUGUUUUGAUUGCAUAUCGAAUUUUAUUAACUUUACCUGUGACUGUAGCAUCAGCGGAAAGGAGUUUUUCAAAAUUGAAGCUGAUAAAAACAUAUUUGCGCUCAACAUUAUUACAAGAAAGAUUGAAUGACCUUGCAAUUCUAUGCAUCGAGAAGGAUAUGUUGGAAAAGAUAGAUAUGGAUUCUAUUAUUGAUGAUUUUGCAUCAAAAAAUGCAUGA